AUGUGCAUGCAUCGUUUUGUGGUGAACAAAGUCCUACUCGAGCAGCACUGUGAGUACUUCCGAGCCCUCUUCCAGUCGGGAAUGCGGGAAUGCCAACAGGAUGAGGUCCAUCUGCAAGGGCUGAGCGCCCGGGGAUUUGUGUUGGCGCUCAGGGUCCUGGACGGGGAUCGCCCCAUCCUGGGUGGUGACGAGAUUGUGGAAGCCAUAGAGUGUGCCACAUUUCUACAGGUGGAGUCUGUGACAAAGCACCUGACCAAUAUCAUCAACUCAGAGAACUGCUUGUUGAUGUACCACACGGCCGCGACCUACGGUUUAUGGGAUCUGUCCCAUCAAGCUGCUUUAUUCAUUAAAGACAUGUACUCGGACCUAAAGGAGGAUGUUGUGAGCACCUUACCAGAAGACCUAGUGGAGUACGUUGAGUCUCUCAUCCCCAGUCGGUACGUCACAGUCUGCAGCCACUCUCCUACCGUCGAGCAGCUCCAGGACUGUCAGAGGACGGUCUGCUACCUGGAUGACGAAGAUAGAGAAUGGAAGGUGCUGAGUCACCUACCCUUAAACACAAGCACCACUAUGGCAGGUGUGACCGUGCUAGACAACAAGCUGUACAUUAUAGGAGGCGUCCACGACAUCAGCAAGAAAGUCGUGGACUCUGGCUUCUGCUACGACCCAGAGAGUGACUCCUGGUCCACUAUUUCGAGUCCCCAGCAGCCACGCUACAACUUUACGUUAGUGGGCCACGAAGGCUGCCUCUACGCCAUCGGUGGGGAGUUCGACCGGAAGUCCAUGGCGUUGGUGGAGAAGUACAGUGUCUCCACGGCCACCUGGCACUUCGCCGCUAAUCUCCCCUGCAGAGCCGCCAAUGUGGCCUCCACCAAAGCCAUGAGCCGCAUCUUCAUCUGCCUCUGGAAACCCAAGGGCGUUACGGAGAUCCACGAGUACGUCCCUGAGAGGGACCAGUGGGUCCUGGUCACCACGCUAGUCCGUGACCAGAGCUAUGGCCACUGCAUGGUGGGCCACAGGGACAAUUUGUAUGUAAUGCGCAACGGGCCCUGCGAAGACUUCCUGAUGUGUGUGAUGGACUGCUACAACCUGACUACGGGUCAAUGGACAGCCUUGCCGGGGCAAUACGCAAACAGUAAAGGAGCCCUGUUCACAUCGGUAGUAAGAGGGGACUCAGUGUUCACCCUCAACCGCAUGAGGACGACGGAGUUCGCCGUGGAGGAGUACAGAUGGAAAACCAAGAGAGAGACCAAGGGCUUCGGGCGAAUCGGCUCCAUGUACACGUUUCUCAUGAGACUGCCCAAGGCCAAGACUGUGGGAAACACUGAGGUGUUGACGGACGGGCUGGAGUUUGGGAAUCGGAUCGACCACAGACGCAGAGACUCUCUGCUACAAUGCUUUGACUGACUUCCUGUAAAUAAGUUUAGUCUUUUAAUAUCUCCUGACAAACCAACAACAGGACAAUGAACUAGAAUGCUUUGACUGACUUCUUGUGAAUAGGUUUAGUAUGUUACUUGGGCCACUUUUAGUAGGCAAACGUGGAACGUUGCAGAAAGAAAUGUCAUGAAUAUAGCUAACGAUUCCUUUUUCUACAUGUCAGAGAGGCAUGUUUGUUCUUCAUAGCAUAUUUCUAUCUGAAUAUUACACAGCGUUGUGCCGUUCUGAAUGUACUCUCUACAAAUCAACAAAUUAGCUAAAGAUGUAAAUGUCAGAGACAACAGUAAUUUGUAAACAUUAAAGUUUGCUUCAUUCAUGACAAGUUGGAAACUCGGAACCUCUGAGUUAAAAUGAAUUAACAUAUUGGUUGAUUUGGAUACUUUCCAAGUGGGAAAGUUUCCAAGUGGGAAAUAUCAGUUUCCUAGUUUCCACAUGUCAUGAAUGCAGCAUAUCUUCCCAGAAUAAAUAAAUAGCAUUUAAGAAACUCUAUAGUAAUAUUGUCUUCUAUAGUUCUUUAGAAAUGUGUUGCCUCAAGUAGCCUUCUGGGUAAUUUGACUCUGUAUCCAAGUAAAGUGUACUAUAAUCAAGUGAUUCAUUACAUUGAGUUGACACAGCCCUACCAAAGAGCUCUUUCCAUGAAAGCCAAACACAUGUUCAGUAAUGUACGUAAAGACUGAAAUCCUUUCCUGUUUUUACAACAAACAAACCAUUUAUAACCCAGGCUCAGGUCCCCAAGGCAUUCGUUGCUAGAGAACAGGGUAAGAUAAGCCUGGCGGUGUUCACGCUGUAUAAUAAAACAUUUCUGUAACGAGUGCAUGUUUGCUGCCGUCUCGGGACAGGUAUCCCUUGAAGGAGAGAUUUGUAUUCUCCAUGGGAACACCUGUGUAAAUACAGGAUGAUUGGAGAAUUCAAAUGAACAGAUUGUCUUUGGCAGAAGAUAUAUGAAAUAAUUGUCUUUUUAAUGAUCAAAUAAAACACUGUUCAAAUAAUGUGUUAA